AUGUCUACUCAUUCAUUUUGCCCAGCCUGUGGAAAUUUGUUAUUAGUAGAUACAUCAGGAGAUAGGACUCAACUUAAAUGUCGUGCCUGCAAUUUUGUUAUGGGUUUUGUAGGUAGAACAGUUCAAUCUGCACCAUUAAAUCCGUUAGAUGUUAAAGCUCUUAUUACAAAUGAUGAUGCAAUGAGCUUCCAAAAUAAGACACAAGCUAGAUGUGAUAAAUGUGGUCAUAAUGAAGCAUUCUUCACUGAAAUCCAAAUCAGAUCUGCAGAUGAACCUGCGACAUUGUUCUUCAAGUGCUGCAAAUGCGGUAAUACAUGGCGUGAAGGAUGA